CCUCUCGUCGCCCUGUACUGGCCCCGCCUUCGUCCCCGGAUGAGCGCGUGCUAGUGCCAGCCUUUGCUUGCCACUUGUACGGGCGCCAAAUAAAGUUUCCUCAUUCAAAAGCUUUUUUUUAAUUUAAAGCCACAUCGCUCCCUUUCUCAGUUCCUCCUCAGCGGAACCGUCUCUGUUUCUGCGGCCGGUGCGACCCGAGGGUUGGAGCCGCCAUCGCAGAACGUAAUGGCUAAGCCUCCGGCGUCUCUCUCGGGACAGGACGUAGGAUCAUUUACAUAUUUUACAAUUAAAGACAGACUACCACAGAUCUUAACUAAGGCUAUUGAUACAUUGCAUCGACAUAAAAGUGAAUUUUUUGAGAAACAUGGAGAGGAGGGCACAGAAGCUGAAAAGAAAGCUAUCUCUCUUCUUUCUAAGUUACGGAAUGAAUUGCAAACAGAUAAACCAUUUAUUCCCUUGGUUGAGAAAUUUGUUGAUACUGAUAUAUGGAAUCAGUACCUAGAAUCUCAUCAGACUCUUUUAAAUGAAAGUGAUGAAAAACCAAGGUGGUUCUACUCACCAUGGUUGUUUGCAGAAUGCUACAUGUAUCGUAGAAUUCAUGAAGCAGUUAUCCAGAGUCCACCAAUUGAUGACUUUGAUGUAUUUAAAGAAUCAAAAGACCAAAAUUUCUUCGAGUCACAGGAAUCUAUCAUUACUUUAUGUACUUACCUACAACAGUUGGUGAAAACUAUUGAAGAUUUAGAUGAAAGUCAGCUGAAGAAUGAAUUUUUUAAACUUCUGCAGAUUUCUCUGUGGGGAAAUAAGUGUGAUCUGUCUCUAUCAGGCGGAGAAUCUAGUUCUCAGAAGAGCAAUGUAAUAAAUUCUUUGGAAGACCUAAAACCUUUCAUUUUACUGAAUGACAUGGAACAUCUUUGGUCAUUGCUUAGCAAUUGUAAGAAAAAAGAAAAAACAUCUAUUAGAGUGGAUAUUGUUCUGGAUAACUCUGGGUUUGAACUUGUUACAGACUUUAUAUUUGCCAACUUCUUGUUGUCCUCUAAACUGGCUACUGAGAUCCAUUUUUAUGGAAAAACUAUUCCGUGGUUUGUUUCUGAUACUACUAUGCAUGAUUUUAAUUGGUUAAUUGAACAGGUAAAAUGUAGUAAUCAUAAGUGGACAUCCAAGUGUGGGGCUGACUGGGAGAACUAUGUUAAAAUGGGUAGAUGGGUUUACCAUGAUCAUAUAUUUUGGACUCUGCCUCAUGAAUACUGUGCAAUGUCUCAGGUCGCCCCUGACUUAUAUGCUGAACUACAGAAGGCAGAUUUAAUUUUAUUCAAAGGCGAUUUGAAUUAUAGGAAGUUGACAGGUGACAGAAAAUGGGAGUUUUCCAUUCCAUUUCAUGAGGCUCUGAACGGCUUCCAUCCCGCACCUCUCUGCAGCAUAAGAACAUUAAAAGCUGAGAUUCAGGUUGGUCUGCAGCCUGGGCAAGGAGAACAACUCACAGCCUCUGAGCCCAACUGGCUGACCACUGGGAAAUAUGGAAUAUUUCAGUAUGAUGGUCCACUUUGACUCAGAUUAGGAGCAAUCAGUUGUGUGGAAAGGUCUACCAAGCAUCUUUUCAGCCCUAGAAAAGCAGUGUGCCAGAUUCAGUCACUUGACUGCUCUGCAUUAGCUGGGAACCCUAGCUUCUCCAUGCUCAUUUACAUGUACUCAUUUUGUCCCACUGCAUUGUUUUGGGGUUAGACGGCUUUAAGCUAUUAUAGUUAUAUAUAUUUAUGUUUAUGUUGGCAUUUCAGUAACUUGUUUCAAGUUAAAUGCAUAAUUUCAAGUGGUUUUAAUGAACUUUUAAUUGGAUAGAAAGCAAAAUAUAAGUAAGUUCUUCUUUUAAAGUUACUUAAUCCUAUCUUUUUCUUAAAUAACAUAUACUGCAUGGUAUUUAAUAUUCUAGAAAGCAUGGAAUUUAACUUGAUUUUGGGCUCUUGAAACAAUGGCUUUGUGAAAAUACACAUUUUAAUGACUCUUUGUAAAGAGGCAUUUCUUACAACUGUGAUGUUUGAACACAUUAAAGCAAAACUUACCUCAUAAGUUAAUUUUAACUUUUGUUCUUGAAUUUUACUUCAUUUCAAUAGCUUGUUUUAUUUGCAUGUAUUUGUAUCUUGAUUGGCCUAUGGAAUGGAUAUUAGGAAACACAAAAUUGAAUAGAGUGAAACAAAUAGUAUUUGAAGAAAUGUAAUACCUUUUACAUUCUAUUUAUGAUAUCUUUAAUAAACUGAAAUUAUUUUACCCCUUAAGUGCUUUAAAUGAACAGAUUUUUAGUUUGCAGUUUAAAAAAAAUGUUUUAGUAGAAAAGAUUUUUAUGCAUUGAACUUGGACUACUAUCGACACUUUAUUUUUUAUAUUGUUACACAUUUUAUUGGCCUUUAUCACAGAUAUUAAGGGCUAAAAAUUUCAGAUCACUUUGUUUUGAAAUGGAAAUUGGAAAUGAACCUGGAAAUGUUUUCUUGCACUUGAAUAAUAAAAUGAAUUAUAC